AUGUCUCAGUGUGUGCCCUCUAACCUAUGUGUGCUAAUGCUGCUGCUGACCCUACUGCUGCUGUCACCAUUCAACUUCAGCUACGAGGGGCUCAGCACAGGACCUGGCUGCCAUCUAUACCCAUUUAACGUGACCAUCCGUAGUGACCGGCGUGGGUCAUGUAAGGGAACCCAUGUUGUGUAUGCCUGUGUUGGAUACUGUGAGUCCAGUGCCUUUCCCUCACGCUACUCUGUCCUGGUGGCAUCUAACUUCACUCACAACAUCACCUCAGCGUCAAGAUGUUGUACCAUCAGCAAGGAUGCAAAGAUCAAAGUUCGUCUGGACUGCCCUCGUGCUCGUCAUCACAACGACAUUGAGAUCCUGACGGCGCGGGCUUGUCACUGCGACAUGUGUCGCAGGUCACGCUACUGAGACGCCACCGUCGCUGCAGGA